AUGGCCUUGUUGCCAACGCUCGCACAUGUUGUCCGAGACAAGGCCUUUCGAAGGGAUGAGGGCCCCAUCCUGAUGGGGGUCUUUUUCCUGGAUGUGACAGGUUUUCUGAUGAGUCAGUGCCCAUUUAUGGAUUUGUGCAGCAGAAGCUGGAGACAGGUCGUCCCAGAAGCUGGGGGCAAGUGGGCCUCGCCCCCCCGCCUGUCCCGAGUGAAUGGCUGGUCGAGGCCCCUGCACUCCUUCCAGGCGGUGGCCUGGGUCACGCUCCUCAUCAUGGCCAUUGCCAACUUCGGCAUCUUCAUUCCCUUCCUGCCGCGUAACUGGAAGUACCUUGCCUACAGUGUGAACGGCGGGCUCUUCUUUCUCCACUUCCUAGUCCACUUGAUUGCAGUUUCCAUCGAUCCGGCUGAAGCCAACGUGAGGUUCAAGAAGAACUACUCCAAGCCUGUGCCGACCUUCGACCGGUCCAGACAUGCACACGUGAUCCAGAACCAGUAUUGCCACCUGUGUGAGGUCCCUGUGAGCUCGAAGGCCAAACACUGUAGCACCUGCAACAAGUGUGUCUCUGGCUUUGACCACCACUGCAAAUGGCUCAACAACUGUGUGGGGAGCAGGAAUUACUGGUACUUCUUCUUCUCCGUGGCCUCCGCCUCGGCCGGCCUGCUCUGCCUGAUCAUCAUCCUGCUCUACAUCUUCAUCCAGUUCUUCAUCGACCAGGAGGAGCUCCGCACGCACCCCUACUACAAAAAGGUCUCCAACAAGAACACUUGGAUGCUCUUCCUCCCCCUUUUCCCUGUAAAGACAAAGACCCCAGUGGUCCUGGGCAUUGGGGUGUUCGUGCUGCUGUUGGACAUCGUCAGCCUCCUGCUGCUUGGGCACCUGCUUAUCUUCCACCUCUACCUAAUGGCCAAGAAGUUGAGCACAUUUGAUUACAUGACACAGGGCCGCCAGCAACAGACUCCAAAAGCUUCAGCAGAAAAGGAAGAGCUGUCCCUCCAAAUAGGAUUCCCACAGGUACCAGCCGUGGCCUCGUCCGACCGCCAUUCCCGAGGGAAGGAGUGGGAUGGAGUAUCUCACAGUGCUGUGGCCAUGGGUCAGAAGACGGAACAGUUUCCCUGA